UCUGGCGGCGGGGACGGGUUGAGCGGCUGCUGGGUGUCGGUGAGUCCUUGGACCUUUCAGCUGCUGGGAUUGCUGGUAAUUUUGGGAGCCGGCCAUGGCUGACAUGGCCGGCGUCGUGGAACAGCUGCAGAGACGCAUUCGAGAGCUGGAGGAAAAGCUGGCCCGUGAGACGGGAGGCAGCGGUGGUGGGCAAACCCAGAGGGCGCGGAUCGAGAGGAUGAGCCCGGAGGUGACAGACUCCAAUCCGUACAGUCGCCUCAUGGCACUGAAAAGAAUGGGAAUUGUGAAAGAUUAUGAGAAAAUCCGUACUUUUGCAGUAGCAGUAGUAGGUGUGGGUGGAGUUGGCAGCGUGACCGCUGAAAUGCUGACAAGAUGUGGCAUCGGUAAGCUACUCCUGUUUGAUUAUGAUAAGGUCGAGCUGGCAAAUAUGAACAGGCUCUUUUUCCAACCACAUCAAGCUGGGCUAAGUAAAGUACAAGCGGCAGAGCACACCUUGAGGAACAUCAAUCCUGAUGUCCAGUUUGAAGUACAUAACUACAAUAUCACAACAGUGGACAACUUUCAGCACUUUAUGGAUAGGAUAAGUAUAAGGCAGCUUCAUGUAUUCAUAAAUGGAAAUUUUAACGUUCUGACUGCAGUGGUGGAUAAGGCCUGUAAUGAGCUUGGACAAAUAUGGAUGGAAUCUGGAGUGAGUGAAAAUGCAGUCUCCGGUCAUAUCCAACUGAUCGUACCCGGUGAAUCUGCUUGUUUUGCGUGUGCCCCUCCCCUUGUUGUAGCAGCAAACAUAGAUGAGAAGACCCUAAAACGGGAGGGAGUUUGUGCUGCCAGCCUUCCCACCACUAUGGGAGUGGUUGCAGGCCUUCUGGUACAAAAUGUCCUGAAGUACUUGCUAAAUUUUGGCAGCGUGAGCUUUUACCUUGGCUACAAUGCAAUGCAGGAUUUUUUUCCCACCAUGGCAAUGAAGCCAAACCCACAGUGUGAUGACCGAAACUGCAGAAAGCAGCAAGAAGAAUACAAGAAAAAAGUAGCAGCCAGUCCAAAAGAAGACAACUUUGUAGAAGAAGAAGAAGAAGAAAUAGUACAUGAAGAGAAUGACUGGGGCAUAGAGCUGGUUUCGGAGGUUUCCGAAGAAGAGCUGAAAGCUGCUUCUGGUCCAGCUCCUGACCUUCCCGAAGGAAUCACGUUGGCGUACACAAUACCAGACAAGGAACAGAACUCUAUAGAUGGAGCAACUGUCACAGAGUCAGAGGAGAGUCUAGAGGAACUGAUGGCUAAGAUGAAGAGCAUAUAACACAAACAUUAGCAGUUCAUACCAUAGUUCAAACACUUGAAGAAGAGUUUUGUAACCUGUUUGCUCUUACAACAUGAAAGCUACUAUUUGAUCAUGUACUUAUUAAUUAUGUUGACAUAAAAUGAUUGAAAGCUUAGGACUAUCAAGAAAUGAGGGUCCGCAUUUCCAAUGAAACAUAGUGCAAGAUGACCAGCAGACCAAUUCUGGCAUAUUACACAGGGCGCUAGCAGCCUUUUCAGACCAGUUCAAGUGUGGAUAAGUUUACUGGUGGUGAACAGUUGUCUGGCAAUGCUACCAAUCUAGAAAGGUAGAAUUUUAUAGAGCAUUGUUUCAGCUAAGCUGCUGCUUAGGAAAACAAAAUUGUACAAUAUGUGCUGUAGCCUUAAAUGUCACUUUUAAAGUGCCAUCAUCACCACUUUAAGAGUGUCAUACUUGCCUGUUACUCAUCCAUACAAAUGUUUUGGGUAUACUUUUUUCUGUGUAUUUUAUGGACCCCUGUGUGUUCCUGCCUCCCCCCCCAUCUUCCCUCUCCCCAAUUGGCUUUAUUAGGCCGUGUGCGCUUGCAACAAAGCCCUUUAUUUGCCGAUACCUCCCUCCACCUAUCUCAUCUCUUUCUCAUUGUUUCUUUCUUUCUUCCUUUCUUUCCCAUUGACGUGCAAUUCAUCUGCUGUCUCUCCUGCCUUCCUGCCCCCCCCCUUCCCGUAGUUUGGUGCAAAAAAUGAGAAAAACGAUGCUGUCUCUUCUAAGGAAUUCAGGAGUCUCAUAUUAAGGAAUGUAGGUCCUCUUUAUCAAGAAAUGAGGGUCCGCAUUUCCAAUGAAACAUAGUGCAAGAUGACCAGCAGACCAAUUUAAAAUAGGAGCUGCGGUGGUUAAAGUGAUUUAACUCUUACCCAUCCUGUUAAACUCAACUUCUUACAUGCAGCAAAGUAUCAUUACGACAGGCUCUGAAAAGUCCACUGGACUUUGAAUGUAGCAGUUUCUGAUGACUCCCUAACCACUGAGCUGUCCAGUCUCAUGUAAUAUCCAAGCAGAGGCAAACCUGAAACUAGAAAGACCCUUAAGAAGAAAGUUGCUUGAUGCUACAAGCAACUCCCUGUACAGAUGGAUCUUUUUCUGGGUUCUUUAAUUUUAAAAAAUAUUUGUUACUUUAGUAGUAUUUAUUUGUAUGUUAUGUUUAGGGUGUUGUUGUUCAGUUGCACAGUCGAGUCCGACUCUUCGCGACCCCAUGGACCAGAUCCCGCCA